AUGGCGCCCCUUCGUCAUCUGAUGCUCUUCGGCCUCCUCGCCCUGAUGGCAGGAUGCUGCUCGGCGCACAACUCGCUGUAUCAGGACGUUCCUCUCCAGGACGACCCUGGCCUCCUCCCUAUUGGAAGCCAGAUCCCUGUCAACUGCCUGGCAUUCAGGAAUGGGGCAGCGGCAGCAGCUGCAACCGCCGCAGGCCGCAAGCUGCUAGGCUCUUCUUCUGGUGACCGCCGCAGCAGCAGCAGCAGCAGCAGCAGCAGCAGCAGCAGCAGCAGCAGCAGCAGCAGCAGCAGCAGCAGCAGCUUCGCAAGCAACGGCAUCUCUAACGGAAACAACGAACAGGCAGCUGCCGCCGCAGCCGCCGCGGCCGCGGCCCGGGGCGGUACCGGCGAGGCAGCCGCAGCCGCAGCCGCCGCUGCCGGUGGCCCCAACAGCCGCGCAGCAGCAGCAGCCGCCGCCGCCGCCGCAGCAGGCCAGAAUGGAGCGGCCACAGCCGCCGCAGCCGCCGCCGCAGCAGGCCAGAAUGAUGGAGCGGCAGCAGCCGCUGCAGCAGCCGCCGCAGGAAACACCGGCAAUGGCGGGCGCAAGCUUUUGACCUCAUCCUUCGGUGGCCAGACUCCCCAACAAGUUGUCGACUCAUUCGUCAAUGACCACAUCCCCAACACUGGCUUCACAAACAGCGGCUUCACCAAAGACGGCAUCAUGACCGGCAACACUGAGCAGGCGGCAGCAGCCGCAGCCGCCGCAGCCGCGGCAAAUGGCGCGACCGGUGCCGCAGCCGCAGCCGCAGCCGCCGCUGCCGGUGGCCCCAACAGCCGCGCGGCAGCCGCCGCGGCAGCCGCCGCCGCUGCAGGUGGAAACGGAGCGGCCGCUGCCACCGCAGCUGCCGCAGCUGCCGCCAUCAGCUCUGGCGGAAAUGGUGCGGCCGCAGCCGCCGCUGCAGCCGCCGCCGGUGGCAAGUAG